AUGGGUCGCAUGCACUCCAAGGGAAAGGGUAUUAGCGCGUCUGCGCUGCCUUACGUUCGCGCUCCUCCGGCGUGGCUCAAGACGCCUGCUGAGGAGGUCGUCGUGAUGAUUACCAAACUCGCUCGUAAGGGCAUCACGCCGUCGCAAAUCGGUGCUCAGCUCCGUGACAGCCAAGGCAUCCCUCAGGUUCGCUAUGUCACUGGUAACAAGAUUCUCCGUAUCCUCAAGAGCGAGGGCCUUGCUCCUGAGAUCCCCGAGGACCUUUACCACCUCAUCAAGCGCGCCGUCACUGUGCGCAAGCACCUGGAGCGUAACCGCAAGGACGUUUCCGCCAAGUUCCGCCUUGUCCUCAUUGAGUCGCGUAUUCACCGUCUCACCCGCUACUACAAGACGAUCGGUGCCGUCGCCCCCACCUUCAAGUACGAGUCUUCUACUGCCUCGACGCUUGUGGCUUAA